CUGCACUACGGGACCCUCCUGGGCAGCAGAGCUUGUGUCCACAUGGCAGCAGAUGCCUGGGGCGCUGGGUUUCUCCAUGCUCUGCUGCACACGGCCAAUACAUUUUCCCUGCCCCUGUGCCAGGGCAAUGCUGUGGAACAGUUCUUCUGUGAAAUCCCCCAUAUCCUCAAGCUCUCCUGCUCACACUCCUACAUCAGGGAGGUUGGGUUUAUUACCGUUAGUGCCUUUGUAGCUUUUGGCUGUUUUGUUUUUAUUGUGGUUUCCUACGUACAUAUCUUCAAGGCUGUGCUGAGGAUCCCCUCUGAGCAGGGACAGCACAAAGCCUUUUCCACGUGCCUCCCUCACCUGGCCGUGGUCUCCCUCUUUAUCAGCACUGGAGUAUUUGCCUACCUGAAGCCCCCCUCCAUCUCCUCUCCAUCCCUGGAUUUGGUGGUGUCAUUUCUGUACUCAGUGGUGCCUCCAGGACAGUGGCAGAAGGCCAAGUAG